UUGACGCAGCGAAUUUAGUACGGCUUCAAGUUUCGGUCCGAGAGCAAACAGUGCACGCGCAAUAUGGGUGAAGAAACUCCUGUCCAGGAAGAAUCGGUCCUGUCAUCGACGGUGGAGGAGCAAGUGGUCACGGAACCCAUCGCUAGCGUGGAACCGGUCUCGGAGGAAGUGAAGCUCGCGGCUGAAGUGGAAGCCGUAGCUCUCAGUGCGGAAGACAAUACCGUUGAGGAAACAUUUCAAGAUGUAGAACCGGAAGUUAGGACAGUGGAAGUUCAACCAGCAAUCGAUUCGGCUGCAACUGGAGUGACCUAUCAGAAGCGAUCAGAUGGAAUGCCACAGUUCAUGUACGAUGCCGUGGCCAAGAUUGCUCCCGAGCAAGGAUUCACUCCCGGUCAGUUCGAGAUCAACUUUGAAUCCGGUUCCGGCAAGGGUGAUGGAUUCGUGGCGGAAAUGUUCCGAGCCGCCAUCACCGAAGGUGAUCGCAAGUUGGUAGUUCUGUGCAAGAUCCCACCGAUCAACGACGCUCGGCGUCAGCAGUUCGGCUCGAUGCCGAUCUUUGACCGUGAAGUUACAGCGUACUCCAACUUGCUCCCGAUCAUGUACGAAUUUCAACGGGAGAAGGGCAUUACCGAAGAAAUGAACAUUGGGUUCUUCAACGCCCCACAAUGCUAUCUGGCUUAUGUCGACGCACCGAAGGAAGAAUCCGUCAUUAUUAUGGAUGACUUGCGUCUGAAGGACUACCGAAUGUGGAACAAAAUGGUCCCUGUGAACUACGAGCAUGCACGUCUGCUGAUGAUUCAACUCGGUAGACUACACGCCGUAUCGUUAGCUCUGAAAGAUCAACGACCUGAAGUGUUCGAACAGUUCAAAGUUCCUGAUCCGCUGAGCGCCAUGAUGGGUGCCAACGAAGGAUUCACAAUGAUGAUGAAUUUGUCAAUAGAUCGAGCUACAACUGUCCUGGAACCACACGAAGAGAAGGCUCGGCAGAAAUUGAUCAAGCUCAAGGAAACUAUGUUUGAUGAUAUUGCAACCAUUACCAGUCCAGAUUACGCCGAACCGUAUGCCGUUCUGGGACACGGCGACUGCUGGAUCAACAACAUGAUCUAUUCCUAUAAGCGAGGCGUACCGACCGGAGUCGUCCUGCUCGACUGGCAAAUCUGCCGCUACGUAUCGCCCGCUCUCGAUCUGCUGUACUUCAUAUUCGGAUGCACAGAUGAAGCGUUCCGUCGGCAGCACUACGAUGAAAUGAUCCGCAUCUACUACGACUCGUUGAAGCAGCUGCUGGAGAAACUCGGCGGAGAUCCCAGCCGGCAGUUCCCGUACACGGCACUGCUCCGGCAGCUAAAAGCCUGCGGCAAGUUCGGCAUCCUGAUGGCGGUGUUCAUGGUGCCGAUGCUUUGCACUGAAAACCAGGACCUGCCCGAUAUGGACGAGGCUGCGGAGAAGUACAAGGAAUCGCAAGAAUUCGACACGUCGUUCAUUGCCAACGUGAAAUCCGAAGAUAAGUACAAGUCUCGCAUGGCGGCCGUCAUUCGGGACGUGAUAAGAUACGGGUACCUGUAGGUCAUGUGUAGGUUGGGGUGAGAUUACGCGGAGGGAGCGCUGCAUGUAGGGAUAUUAUUGUUUAAUGUAGAUAAAUAAAAAUUGAUUGGUUGUGUCAUUA